AAAGUAUAGUAAACUCGUGCACUUACAAGCACCAAAUAAAAGCUCAUUGGCGGGAAAGAUUUUUUUUUUUCUCUCGCAUUUUUUCUCGGCGCCCCAAACUAGAGUUUUGUUUAACGAAGCACUUUGAGGAACCCCGUAAUUGCUAAGCGUCUCCAUUUUACGUCCCAGAUUGUCCUAGCAGAAUCUUCUUCAGAUGGGUAAGGAGGAAAGUCCACAAAUUACUAGAAGAACAACCAGGUCUUCUUCUUCUGUUACUGUUGCAAAAAAUGGAGUCGAAACAACAAAAACAAGUGAUUCACGCCCAUUGACAAUCAAUGAACUCGUGUUUGGAGAAGGCCCCAUUGGUUUGGAUGAUCUGUUAUCUAGUUUUCCCGGUAGACGUGUUCAGAUUCUUGAGCUUGUACGCCUUUUGGGUCCCUCUAAUUCCCCCAUGCUUCCUAUCUUUAUUUAUGGAGGUUCCUCUACUGGGAAAACCAGCAUUAUUCUUCAGAUUUUCAGGCAUCUCAAUCGACCUUUUGUUUAUUCAAGUUGUCGUACAUGCUAUUGUCCCCGUAUCUUGUUUGAAUCCAUUUUGAAUCAGCUGUUGCUUCAUAGAAAGAAUGCAGCCAAUGGUUAUUCGAGUGUGAAGCGCUGUGAAAGGCCGUCUGAUUUUGUUAAUUCUCUUCAUGAAGCCUUGAGUAAUGUCAUAAAUAAUCUUAAGGGGAACUCAGGGAAAUCAAGCAACAAAAAUUUGGUUGGAUGGCCUGAUGGAAAUAUGAUCUACUUGAUAUUUGAUAAUUUGGAGCUUGUUAGAGAGUGGGAUAAAAGUUCCACGAUAUUACCUUUUCUGUUCAAUCUCUUUGACGUUCUGAAGAUGCCUGAGGUGGGUCUGAUCUUUGUCAGCAACACUUCACCUGAUACAUAUUACUCAAGUAUGGGUUACAUGGAACCUAUACCUGUUCAUUUUCCUGAUUACACAGAAGAUGAUAAUCGUCAAAUAUUAAUGAAGAACCAAGUAAACCGGAAGCUUUAUUUAUCCUUCCUUGAUGUUGUACUAAGGCCUUUCUGUAGAAUUACCAGAAGGGUGGAUGAGUUAUCUACUGCCUUUGCACCAUUAUUUGAAAAAUAUUGUGAACCUGUUAGUGAUUCGGGACUUGUUCCCAAUGAAGAAAUGAAGAGAAUGUUGUUUAGUCAUCUUCAACCUUAUAUUGCUCCUUCUCUGAACGAGGUAUUUAAGGUUUCAUCUCAGCCUUCCACUGAAGUUAAAUCCAACAGGGAGAUAAAGCAGAAGGGCAGCAGGCGAAAAUCAGGUUGUGAAGAAAUUGAUGAGUUGGAUUUCCAUAUGUCUACUUCUGCAAAAUAUCUCCUUAUAUCAGCAUUUCUUGCUUCAAGAAACCCAGCUACGCUUGAUGCCUCGCUUUUUGAUCCAAUGGGUGGUUUUGAUAGUCGAAAACGAAAGAGGAAGCCCUCCCAGAAGUCAUUGGAGCAAAAGGAAACUGCAGAACAAGAAUUACUUAUGAAGGGACCUGGAACUUUCCCGUUAGAGAGGUUAUUAGCCAUAUUUCAGUGUAUCACAUCCAUAGCAGAAGGUUCAAUCGAUGAAGAGGAACAAGGAAAUGAAGGACUAGAAGUUCAAGGUGGGGAUAGCAAACUCAUGUCUGAUGUUCUGUUGCAACUAUCCAGUCUCUGCAAUGCUAAUUUUAUAAUUAAAGGAGGAAGCUGCCCAUUGGAGGGCUUAACUCGGUAUCGAUCGACUGUGUCUGAAGACAUGGUUAUGAAGGUGGCAAGGAGCCUUAAGUUCCCUUUGUCAAAGUAUUUGUAUCGAAGAUAAUGGUUUGUGAUGUGGAAGCUACUUGUAACAUGGUCGUCAACUCAAAAGAUUUAAGAAGUACGUGCUAUUAGAAAAAUAUGUGCUUCUCAUAUGGUAUGUGAUACAAUACAUGUUACUUUAUUAGACUGGUUUGUAGGAAUUGGCCACAAACUAGUUUGUAGAUAAUUUAUGUCCUGUCUUGGUGCAAUGACUUAAUUUCCAA